AUGACGAAGUAUGCAGAGGCCAUAUACACCUUGAAAGGUCAUAUACUGGGUGAGGACCUUUUCACGGAAUGUGCUGGCGAACUUGAGCAUACUAGACCCACCGAGAUAGAUGAAAGGCAUCUGCUGCAAAUUCAGUGUCAGUCAAGUGACCUAGAUAGCAAAACCAGUCAAAGAGCGACUGAAAUUUUAAAAAAUCAGGAUGGAGAAAUUAGAAUUCCCUGCUCCGAUGAAGAUAAUCAAACAACCCUAAUACCUAACAACCCCGAAGAGGUUCAUCGGCCAACAUGGGAAGUUGAUGUUCGGUCUCAACAGAUGUUUUAUUGCAAAAUAUUCGUUGAACUCCUGGUUUUCUCAUCUCUAACGAAUAUGUAA